CGGAGAAGUGAGCUCCACUCGAUCACCGUUGCGGUUGGUAAGUAGUGAUGACUGUAUACCGUCGCCCCGUCCCUUGAAUUGCAACUGCUGGCAGUUCUUUACCCAUACUCGUGACACCUCCAUUCACCCUCCUCUUCCUAUUCAACUGCUACAAGAUCGAUUCCAAGAUGCCCAAACUCGCCGCCUCCCUCGACAUAAUAACGCUCACCGACACGCCUGAGUGUGCUGCACAGCUACUCGAAGCUGCAAAGACACUGGGGUUCGUCUACAUCACGAUGGCUGGCACCGAGAUUACUCCCGAGGCGGUAGAUGAGAUGUUCAAAAUUUCAAAGCAAUUCUUUGCCUCCCCGGAAUCCGAAAAAGCAAGCUGCGUCAUAUCCGCAAACAACAAGGGCUGGUCCGGAAUGCUCUCGGAAACCCUGGAUCCACCGAACCAGAAGCGCGGGGACUUCAAACAAGCCAUGAACUUCGGCGAAUUCACGCAAUCCGGCGAACCGCAACAACCGAUCACACCCACGCUGUCGCCACACCUUCCCACGAUCGCGCACUUCUCGACGCUCUGCGCCAACGUCUCUCGGCGGCUCCUCCGACUAUUCGCGCAAGCACUAUCCAUCUCCGCCUCCGCCGGCGGCGCAGAAUACUUCACCGCCUCGCACACGUCCACGAACGGCCCGUCGGGUUCCAUACUACGGCUGCUCUACUACCCCCCCAUCUCCAGCGGCGACUACGACCCAUCGAGCGACAUCCGCGCGGGCGCGCACAGUGACUACGGCUCCCUCACGCUACUGUUCCAGCACGACGGCGCGAGCGGCCUCGAAAUACUCUCCCCCGGCGGCGGGUGGAGUCCCGUCCCCGUCGUGUCGGAGGCGAUAUGCGUCAAUAUCGGGGAUCUGCUGAGCUAUUGGACCGCGGGCCUGCUGCGGAGCACUGUGCACAGAGUGGUCGCGCCGGGGGACCAGGCGGGGGAGCGGUACUCGAUGGCGUAUUUCUGCCAUCCGGUCGAUAGCACGCCGCUCGGCGGGAUUCCGAGCGAGAUUGUAAGGAAGCGUGGAGAGAGGGGCGCGAAUAUCGAGGACGAGGAGGUGCUCACCGCCGCGAGACAUCUGAAGAGUCGGCUUGCCGCGACUUAUGGGUGGAACAGCUAGCUAGAGUAGCUAGCGCAUAACUACAUCCAUUCCUUAAUAAACGAGUGCCAUUCCAUACGCCAAGACCCUAGUAAACACAACCAGCAUAAAAAAACCUCCAUCCCAUCCCACCUCUCCCUCCCUCCACAACCACGCACAACAAACGGUACGACUCCCUCCCCUCCCCGCUCUCUUCCCCCCUCCACGCUCCCCCUCCUCUUACCCUUCC